AUGUUCGGUUUAAGUCGCGAGUUUCGUCAUCGUUUGGCAUUGAUUAUCCUGAAGACGACUUUAUAUGGAUCCUGGCUACUUGGACUAUUUCCCUUCACCUUUGAUUGCCGAAGACGACGAAUCAGGCGCUCACGAUUGCUCCAAAUCUAUGGAUUGUUCCUCAACAAUUUUCUUUUGAGCACAAUGCUGUACUGGGGCUUUGAAAAUUUUGAUAAGAAUGGCGUAGAAGCCUUUAAACGUAAUACUGUGCUACAAAUUAUAAAUAUUUUAAUUGGCUCAAUAAGCAUGUUCUCUGGAUUCGUAGUAUAUUUUAUGAAUUUUUGGGGAUGCAUGAAAAUUCAGCAGAUUGUCAAUGAACUUUUAGCCCUGGAGUAUCAAGACUUUGACGGUCUGAAUGAAAAAAUUUGUCCCAAGUUCAACAGUUUGCUGAUCCAAAAAUCCGUGACUAUUUUGGGACAGCUGCUUUCUUUUUUGACGGUGAACUACGGAAUACCUGGAAAUGAUUCUCCCCCAAAACUAAUGCUCAUAAGCCUUCUGAUGAUAAUAUCCCUCAACAUCAACUUAUUGCACUUCCAUGUCGGGGUUCUUCUGAUCUAUCGAUAUCUGUGGCUGAUCAACGGACAACUUUCGGAUCUGGUUAACCAAUUGAAGGUGGAUCCCACUGUAGACUCCUCUAGAGUCCGUAAAUUUAUCUCAGUGUACUGUCGCCUCUUGGAUCUAAAAGAGAAUUUAGUGUCGGCCUUUCAACUUCAACUGACCAUUGUUCAAAUGUCCUGCUUAUCUGGCAAUAUUGUGAUCAUAUAUUUCUUUGUUGUGUUGCAAAUAAGCAUGCGGCAAAAUGAAGUAUCCUUGGCUGCUUUUCCGCAGGCUUUGCUCACUAAUAUCUGGGAUUUUUGGUUGUGUAUUGUCCAAUGUGAUCUCACCGAAACAACCGGUAAAAAAACAUCCACAAUUUUAAGGCAAUUUAACGACUUCGUCCAUACAAAUGAAGAAUUGGAGAGAAGUCUGAACGAAUUCGCAAUGUUGUGCAGCCACCGAAAAUUUCGUGUUCAGUUCUUCGGAUUGUUUUCGAUAAACUGCAAUACGGGUUUCAAAAUAUUGAUAACAACGACUCUCUACUUUAUUUGUUUAUUGCAGUUUGAUUAUAUGAAUUUGUGA